UUCGGAUUGAUUGGUGUUGAGUUAACAAAUAACACGUCAUUGGUACACCACUGCUGGAAGGUUAAGGUACGCCUUGGCCCGUAGCCGUACCUGAACUUGGCACGUCUCCUUGGAAGGAUCAGGUAGAGCUAUGCCUUGGACUUGAGAAUUGAGAUGUCUAAACUUUCCGGGCAGUUUCGCAACACGGCAUGGGACCCGUUGCUGAUAAUCGGGCAGAUAAUCGCCGUCCAGAGCGUUUUCUACUUCACACUGGGCGUAUGGCUUGUUGCUUUGGAUAUACUAUCAGGAUCUCCUCGCUCCUUGGCUCAUAUAUUUAAAUAUCAGGAACUUCAUAAAAAUACCUUUGUGGUCGUUGGUUCUUACCUUCUAAAUUCAUUUACAGGAGCCGUGAAUCUGUGGUGUAUUGUCCAGAGGACGAAGCUGUGCCUGGAUUUUGCAGCGACUGCUCACUUAAUCCACAUGAUCCUUUGCUGGAUAUACAACGGGUAUUUUCCGACAAGUCUCCCCUGGUGGUUAUUGAAUAUAACUGAUGCAUCGAUCAUGUGCGCUUUUGGCGAAUAUCUAUGCAGAGGAACGGAAUUGAAGGCGAUUCCAUUAUCCACUGCUCCAAAGUUUGCAUAAACUGUUGUCAUUCUGGAUGGAAUGGAACUAAGUAAAAAUAUUGAAUAUAUAGUUACCUAUUACAAGAAAAUGAUACCUUGUCAGCAUGGUUUUUAGUUGAGAAGAUCUUGCACAGUCAGAUGCUUUGGCCAACAAAUGCAGCAUCAGUUAGAUUAGCUCGUCCUGCGUGUGCCACGCUCGCUCAACCUUCCAUGAUGGUCUGCAUCAGUUUAACGUCACUGGAACGAAGAGAAGGUAGCGGUCGACCAUGAUGUACGACGGCUUGAGAUGAUCAUUUUAUUACUUUUACUGCACUACAGUGUUACGCCCUGACUAUCCUCCCCCCCCCAAAAAAAUAGAAAAGAAAUCAUUUUCAACAUUAGGGGUUGGAAACUUUUUUUUUUUUUUUUUUUGUAAGAGGUACCUCUAACUGAGAACUGAGAUGAUGGAGGCCGGGCGAACACGGCGGCGGACUGGUGGGGGCGGAUGGGAGUAGGCAGGCAGAAGCAGGCAAGGCGAGCGAGUGGUGAGAGACGAGACGAAAAACAGAAAAAAAGGAGGAAAACCAGAGGAACGAGGGACAUCCUUUUCUUUUUCCAGUGUGGGAAAUGGCCGUUCUCCUCUGGGAACAGGAUACGCAUCCGGGCAGGAGCUAGGAGGACAGACGUUGAGACGAGGCGCUCCGGCAAAGUCCAACGUGUGGAGACAGUUUUGUGUGUGUGUGUGUGUGUGUGUGUGUGUGUUUUAAAGCAAUAGAAAGUUUUUUUUGAGAGGAUACUCCAAUUAUUGUAAAUUUAAUUUCGUUUGCGAGGCCUUCACGUAAUAAUUCUAUUGUAAAUUAAAUCGUAAUUCAUAGAAUUUUGUUUCGUCUAAAUUCAGAUUGUUUCAUUUUUUUAUUA